AUGUCAGCUUUACCAGUCAUUACCUGUGGCAGCGCCAACCCCCAGAUCUUCAACGCUGUGAAACCUCUUUACUUACCCGAGUACGAAAUUAUACAUAACGUCAUCAGCAGCAACUUGGGAGCAGUCGAAAUACCCGCUUUGCUGCAAGGGCAGAUCCCUCCCAUUGCCGAAGAGCCCAAUCGUGGCACAAUGAACUAUUCCAAGCUACCCGUCGCUGUGUUUGCGGGGGCUUUAUAUAGCGAUGAGGAAAUUGAUGAGAUGCGCCAGGCAUCCCAAGGAUUCAGUUCUAUCCCUUGGUUGAAGAUGAAUAUGAGUGUGCCCAAGCCGCCGCUGGGACCGGGGUAUGCGGAGCAUGUCGUGGAGAGAAUCAAGACUUGUAUGAAGAAGAUCGAAGCCGAGGGGAAGUUGGAACAAGAUGGUUUGUGGCUGUAUUGA